ACAUGCUCGCAGGAAUCUCGACUGCAAUAUGCCUCCCGUUAAUCGAGUCGAUUGGCGUUGGCUGGGUUUCGACAAUGUCAGCAGGUAUCCAAUUCAUAUGUGCUGGAUUGGUAUAUCUCACUGUUCGUCUGGGAGCAACGUGGCGUAAGACGCAUCAGGUACCUGUACCGAUCUGAUAUUGAUCCUU